CUGAGGCAAGGAAGCAAGCACCCCACACAUUCCCACCCAAGGCAGAGAGGAUCAACAGUGCCACCCAGGCACACCUCACCAGUCGGAAGACCCAGAAGCCUGGCUUGCGGGGGGAGAGACACAACUGCAAAGACUUCCCUUCCCACCCACUCCUUUUCAGAUGCCCAUGGCACCACGAGUCUUGCUCUUCUGCCUGCUGGGCCUGGCAGUCACUGAAGGGCAUGGCCUGGAGGCAGCCGUCCCAAUCCCAGGCUGCCACUUGCACCCCUUUAACGUGACAGUGCGAAGUGAUCGCCACGGCACCUGCCAGGGCUCCCACGUGGCACAGGCGUGUGUAGGACACUGUGAGUCUAGUGCUUUCCCUUCUCGGUACUCUGUGCUGGUUGCCAGUGGCUAUCGACACAACAUCACCUCUGUCUCUCAGUGCUGUACCAUCAGCAGCCUUAAAAAGGUGAGGGUGUGGCUGCACUGCGUGGGGAACCAGCGUGGGGAGCUCGAGAUCUUCACGGCUAGGGCCUGCCAGUGUGAUAUGUGCCGUCUCUCCCGCUACUAGGCCCCGAAGGGCUCAGGCCUCCAGUCCUGCCACUGAUAGGUCGUGCUUCUCUGAGACCAGCCCUCUUUGGAGUCUGAAGAUGGGGCUUCGCCUCUGUUUACCUGGCCUCCUCAGCAGUCUCACUGCUGCUUUCUCCUUCGCCCCUAUCCUCAAUAAAGCAGGCAGUACUUGA